AUGACCGACAGAAAAAGAAAUUUACAAAUGACACCCGACUAUUUUACAGGCAAUGAGGACGUAAAAAAAUUCUUAAAACAAUAUUCUAUGAUAACUGACUUUAAUAACUGGGACGAAAAAGAUAAACUAAAAUUUUUACCAAUGUUUGUAAAAGGAACUGCGAGCAAUUUCUUAGACAAUUUAAAUAAUUUAAAAACAAACUGGACAUGGAAAGAGAUAGAGGAUGCGUUUAUUGAUCAAUAUCUACCUAUUGAUUACACUACCAUUUUAAAGACAAAUUUAGAAAAUAGGAGACAGGGAGAAUCAGAGUCAGCAACAAGUUUCAUGACUGAGAUCGAAAAAAAUCUAAAAAAAUACGAACUUAUGCAACAUAGAAUUAAUAACAGAGGCCCGACAAUUAACAAUUACACUGACUUACUAAAUUUACAAGUGACUAAAUUACAAGAGUUUCAUAAAAAUAAAGAAAUAAAAAAGAACGAGGAACACACUGAAAACUUAUUAUUAAAAAUAGAACAACUUACGGAAGAAGUUAAAAGAAUGAAUAUGCUGGGAAAGAAUACAAAUAGAUCUGUAGAUUUUAGAGAAAAUAGAUAUUAUGACGAUUAUGAAGACAAGAGUUACUAUAGAAAUAAUGAGACAAGAGGCCGUGAUUAUAAUAGAAAUAAAGAUUACUAUAGGAAACCAGAAUAUAGAUACAAAAGUCCAUACCCAGGAAGAUCGCGAGAAUCAAGCAGGGAUUCAAGAAGAUAUAAUAGAAACCGAUCUUUUUCGAGAGAUAAUCAGCGUAGAAAUAGAGAUAGAUCAUAUUCAAGAGAGAGACCAGACUCACGUGAACAAAGUUACACUAGAGAAUCACAAAGAGAUAAUUAUAAGAGACAAGAUAGUCGAGAUAGACAAAGCAGAUCGAGGACACCGGAACAAUAUAGAAAUAAAGAUAAACAAAAAGAAAUGAGAGGUGAAAUGGAAAAUAUAACGUGUUAUAAAUGUGAGAGAAGAGGACACUAUGCAACACAGUGUGAUAAUGUAGAAGAAUGUGAAGUAAAAUUAAGUUCGGAAAAUCCGACAUUUCAGGCACCUUAUAGAGUUUCACCCGCGCAAAGAGAAAAACUUAGACUUUUAAUUGACGAAAUGAUUAGAGCCGAUAUAAUAGAACCUAGCAAAAGUAAUUAUGCAGCGCCAGUUUUUCUUAUACCCAAAAAACAAAAGGGAGAAUAUCGUUUUUGGUAG